AUGACAUCACCACUCUACCUGUGUCUCCUGGCCCUGGCACACAUGGGCAUGGUCCUUACCUGUCGGGUGGGGACCUUGGAGGAAUGCCAGACGGCCCCCUUUGUCCCCGGGCACAACCUGGCCGGAGAGGGCUUUGACGUUGUGAAGCUCCAGCACAAGGGCGCCUACGUGAUCGACCUGCAGACUUACCUGACCCCCACCAACUCCUGCACACUCUGCGAAAAUCCCCACCAUGGAGACCAGCUUCAGAAGCUCCCAAUCUCCAUCCUGGACUGGCGCUCCUUCAGCAACUGCAAGCAGGAGCUCUCCAGCGCCGUGCUAUCCUCUGUCACCUCAGUGGCGGACAGCGCCACUGACCUCGUCGAAAACGACUGGACCGUGGGCCUGGAACUGGGAGACAUCGCGGAUCUGACUGUAGGGGGCAGCCACUCCAAUGCGGCUGAGUUUGCCAGCUCCGCCUCCAUGGUAGACAAGUCCGUAUUCACCUCCCACCAGCUCAGCUGUAGCCAUUACAGUUACCGUGUCCUCAGCAGCCCCCCUCUGAGCUAUGAAUUCCGACAGCAUAUGAAGUCCCUCCCGAAGGAGUUCACAGUUGAUACCCGCCACCUGUACCAGCGAUUCAUCGACACCUACGGCACCCACUACAUCCGACAGGUACGCCUGGGCGGGAAGCUGACAAGGGUCACCUCUGUCCGCACCUGUCUGGCCACGGUCAACGGGCACUCGGCCACCAAGGUGAAGGACUGUGUGAACACAGGCCUCUCUGUGGGGCUGGGGUACUUGGAGCCCUCCGUGACAACAAGCCAGUGCAGAUCCCUGCUAGAAAACCACGACACCCAGACCAACUCCCAGCUGACCUAUCUGAACCACAUGACCGAGGUGAUCGGUGGGCACAAGUGGCUGGGAGAGGUGUCUCUGUUCAAGAACGACUCCGUCGGGUUUCGGAACUGGCUGAAGAGUCUGAAGGACAGCCCGGAUAUUGUGUCCUAUUCCCUGCUCCCUCUGCAUGAGCUGGUGCCUGACGCUGACGUAAGCAGGAAUGUAAAGACGGCGGUCACUCAGUACCUGAGGGAGAAUGGUAUUCCAAAGGACGGCCCCCAGGAGCAGUGCGUGGGACGUCCCAAUGUAUCCCCCGAGUGCUGCCCCUUGUAUCCAAUGAGAGGACGGCUGCAGGUGACGGUGAUCAAGGCCUGGGGGCUCGAUGGCGAUCCCGUGGGGAGCACAGAUCCGUAUGUGAAGUUCUGGUACUGGCACCACUUCCAUCAGACCUACUGGAUCAAGUCAAACGACAACCCGGUCUGGAAUUUGGUCUACGAUCUUGGCCACGUGGAGGCCUUUCACGAGCUGAAGUUCGAGGUGUGGGACAAAGACGUGACGUACGACGACCAUCUGGGCACCUGCCGAACACGCCUCCAGGAAGGGACCCACACCGGCAGCUGCGGCCUAAAUCGAGGAGGCUUCUCAUACUCCUACACCCUCACCUGCGAUCCUCAGCUCACUGGAUACCAGUGCGCCAAGUACAAGCCAGCUCCCAACAAGAGAGAUGAAGUGGAAAAUGAGGCUGAAUGA